AAGGGCGAGGAGGCCGAUUUCGCGACAUCGCGUUAAAAUUGUAUAAAAAAAAAAUUGUAACCAUAAUAAUGUUAUCAGUGAUGCUUGGAAACAUGGCGUGCACCAGCCAAAUCCGCCCAGUACUUUUGAUAUAACGUUACAUAUACAAUCUUUUUGUAUGAGCGGUAUUGUAUUUACUCCGUUUUCGGGAUGUUGAAGUUCAAAAAAAUGGGUUCGGAUAAAGUGCCGUUGUUGCUUGUGACCGCUAACGUCGGAUCUAUAUUCGAGGACCCUUUUGUUAUGCUUCCAAUAUGGACGUCGGAGUUUCUUCAAGCGGUAUCCCGAAUGGACCCCAAAUUUAUAGCGCUUCACUUGCAAGAGGUUGGCGGUAAAGCAUACGAGAAGUCAAUGCAAUACGUCCAAGAUUUUGUCCAAAGACUUUGUGACUGCCCAGAGCUACGACUUUAUGACAAGAUCAGGAUAUUCUUAGAUGAAGAUUUCAGCUCUCCAGAAAAAUUUACGGCUUUAGGCAACUUGUACUUCGCGCAUUCCACUCUGACUGAUCUCAAGAUGUGGGACUUCGAACUGAAGUCGUACGUCGACGUGGUUGGAAAGGAGGUGAAUAGUGGGAACAUUGAGAAGGUUACAACGAAGGAGAAGGCAAAGUUUCCUCAGCAUUUCUUCCCUGAAUGCAAGUGGUCACGUAAAGGGUUCCUCAGGACGCGAUGGUCAAUCCGCGGCACUGCGAUCGAGUUCGUUAAUAUACAUCUGUUUCACGAUGCUUCGAAUCUGCUUGCUAUGGAGCCUUUUCCUUCUGUAUAUUGUCGAAGUCGAAGGCGUGCGUUACGGCACACUCUCCGUCAUUUGCACUCAGAUGUGAACGCCGCACCGUAUUUCAUAUUCGGAGACUUUAAUUUUAGGACGGAUACGGGGGCCGUAGUCAAGAAAGUGACAGAAGAACUAGCGUCAUGUCGAUUACAAAAUGGCGCGAGCGUCGAUUCGUCCAAACUUCAAUACCGUUCCAAGUCAGACGACCGCAUAGUACUUACUGUUGGCAAGAAGGAGUUCGCUCACGUUGACCAUCAGAAGGUGUUCAGGGAACCUUGGUUACAAAAAUUCGAUCGCGAACUGGAAUCGCUACGAGCUCAUUUAUUCGAAUUUCCCGUCAAAUUCCCCCCCACUUACCCAUUCGAAGAGGACGUGCAUCUCCCCACACACUAUAUGAAAACCAGAUGUCCCGCGUGGUGCGACCGCGUGUUGCUGUCGCAGUCGGCACGACUGCUGCUGCAGCCCGACGCCAGGCACAGCUCCAGGAAGUCGGUGGCUGACUCGGACAGCGGCAGCGGGCGGCUGUCGUCCUCCGACAGCAGCCCGGCGCGCUCGGGCUCGCCGGCGCGACAGAACACUCAGAUGAGCCCCGGAAAGAUACUAGAGAAAAAGUGCAGCGCGACGGAGCUGGAGGUGCUGGGCGUGCCGGCCGCCGUGGGGCGGAAGAGCAUCGCCGACCCCACCGCGCUGCAGCACGCCAUCAGCGCCAGGUUGAAAGGGAAUUUCGCAAAUAAAAAACAGGUAUCGGAUUCUGAAGUUUCUCCUGGUCGUCGUAAGUUAGUCAGGAACCAAUCGGAAGGUUCGCCUAAAUCUGGAGAAACAUCGGCUGAACUCAGGCGACUAGUGGAUGCACCCACUCGUCGUAGAAGCGAAUACGGUGUGAUAGGAGACGCAGCCUGCAUGGGUGAUCAUAAGCCGAUUUAUCUCCGAGUGAUGCUGCAAAGCGAUCGAGGUAUCGUACAGUGUUGUGAGAGUAUGUCUUGUGCCUUAUGCGCUUGCGCAGCUAGAAUGACCCCAACGCAGAGAAUUCCCCGCCUACCUACAGAUCCCGAUUUGUACACUAAAAAACUAAAGCAUAUUGAUUAUUCUUCAAGCCACCCCGACAAACUACUAUCCGACAACCAAAGGCUAAAACGCACCAGAACCAGCUCGCUCAACGAGAAGACGUCUGGAAUACCAUUCGUUGAAAUCACUAGCGCUGACUACUCCAGCUGCGAUGGAAUUUUCGUUAACGAUAUCGAUACAACACUAUUGAGUCCCACGAAAUUCCUCGACCCAUACACGCCGGAGAGUGUAGAAUCGCACACACCGAACGCGGACACGUCGAACGGAUCCGACGAUUUGACAGAAAUAAUCGAUAUCGUUGGACCGAAUAUCGAUAUCAAAUCGAAUAAACUUACGAGGGACAGAAGCGUGUCGCCCUCCCAAUUGAAGUCCAGACUGGACAUGCUAUUGAGCGGGAAAGACGAGAAAGGGAAGGGUAGAGUGUGCGAUAAGGAUGUUCCCGAGUUGCAAAGGCUGAACAGCCGCGAGUCUUGCAAGUCGGAUGGUAGUAAAAAGUGCGGGCUGUGCUGUUUCGCGUUGAAAUGUUACGGGUUCUGUAGGCGGAGGGCGCGGACAGUGAACUGUGACUGUAGUGGCUUGAAAUGUUGCACCUCAUGACGUUUUGACGAACACCUACACGUCGUACGCUUUCGUUGGAGUUUGUUAUGUCAACUUUGACAGAUCGAAAUUUAAAUUUGACAUUUGUUUAAGCAGAUCAAUGUAGACGUUUUAAUUUUUUAAUUCGAAACCGUGAAUGACCUUUGCAUAUAAUUUGACAUGAUGAUACAAAUUUCAAUUUCGAUUGUAUUUUUUUUUUUUAUUUCGAAUAACGAAGGUCGCUUUUUCUGUAAUUGUAUUUUGAGCAUAGCACUUAUUUAGAUAGUCAACAUUGUUGUUACAAACAAAUGGUAGUGUACCAUUAUUUGUUUUUAUUUGAAGCUUACUUAAAAGUAUGAAUCGAAGCAUGAGUGUUUACAAUGGUAUUAAUAAUAUUAUAAAGCAUGCAUUUUAUGUUGCAAUAUUAGAUUUGAAUUAUUAUAAUUAAUUUAGAUGUACGUGAAAUCCUAUAUAGUUUAUAACUAGACAGCGUUUUACAACUUAAUAAGCCGAUUAUUGAUAAUAAAAACGUACAUAAUAGUCUUAAGAGUUAUCAGCUGUGCUAUUUAAGAUGUAACUUUUUUUUUAAAGUGAAAUUUAUACCAAAUGGUCUAUUAAUCUAGUCUAGUUCUGCUCAAGUGGUUCUUAAAUAUAAUAGUCUUGACAUAUCUGAUCCUUUCCAAUGCGACCGCUAUGUUUGAGAGUGGCAGGUGUAUAAUUUGACCACAUAAAUAUUCAAUGCAAAAAUUAUGGGUUAUUCAUAUAAUACAAUUUUUAUUCAUGAAUCGGUUUAGAAUGUUUAGUUAAAAAGAGUAGAACUAUUUGCUUUAGUAAUAAAAAUGCUUUACUAAAAUGUAUUCAAGUAUUUUAUACAUGUUUGACGUAAUUAUCUUAUAGAUUAUUAUCGGUAGUUAUGUAGUAACAGCCUGUGAACGUCCCACUGCUGGGCUAUGGGCUCCUCUCCUUUUUUGAGAAGGUUUGGAGCUUAUUCCACCAUGCUGCUCCAAUGCGGGUUGGUGGAAUACACAGGUGGCAGAAUUUCCAUGAAAUUAGAUACAUGCAGGUUUCUUCAACUAUAUCUUAUAGCGGAGUAUUAUUAUUGGUGGUAGGGCUUUAUGCACGCCCGUUUGGGUAGGUACCGCUUACCAUGAGGCGGACCAUUUGGCAGUCGGCCUAAAUUAUUCAUAAAAAAACUAGCUUGGAAUAUUUCGUAUUUAGUUUUUUUUUACAUCUUAACAAAUCUUAAAAAAUAUCAAAUCAGCGGAUCUGCCGCUAAUGUAAAGCAUCUUCUAUCGGCCUCCGUUUCAUUUUAUGAACAUUUUAAACGUGCGCGCUUAAAGGCAAAUCUUCUAAUUAUUAUUAUUUUUUAUAGAAUAGGUAGGCGGACGAGCAUAUGGGCCACCUGAUGGUAAGUGGUCACUAACGCCCAUAUACAUUGGCAUUGUAAGAAAUGUUAACCAUCGCUUACAUCACCAAUGCGCCACCAACCGUAGGAACUAAAAUGUUAUGCCUCUUGUGCCUGUAAUUACACUGGCUCGCUCACCCUUCAAACCGGAACACAACAAUACCAAGUACUGCUGUUUUGCGGUAGAAUAUCUGAUGAGUGGGUGGUACCUACCCAGACGAGCUUGCACAAAGCUCUACCACCAGUAAACUAAUUACUAAUUAUUCCCUCCAAACGUUAUACUAUACAAUAAUAUUACGAUCUUGUUAUCAAUACAUUUCAAAAGUUACCCUAUUUGGGUUUAAUCGUCAUGUUACUUCCACCAAUUGACGGGCCGGUUGGCGUGGUUGGUAGAUACUUGCCUUUCACGCCGACGGUUGUGGGUACAAUUCCCACCAAGGACAGAUAUUUGUGCAUGAACAUGUCUGUUUGUCUUGAGUCUGGGUGUAAUUAUCUAUAUAAGUAUGUAUUUACAAAAGAAAAGUAGUAUAUGUAGUAUAUCAGUUGUCCGGUUUCCAUAGUAUAUAAGAUGGCCGUGUGUGAAUAAUGUCCCAGGAUAUUAUUAUUAUUAUUAUUUUAAAACUAAUGUACAUUUAACAAAGCAUAAAAAAAAAUAUUAAAAAUAAUUUAUGAUUGGCAUUGGCUGAUGCAGGCAUGUGUUAAAAACAAUAAAAAGCUAUCACCGCUUCGAAAUAAAGAUUCUAUGGAGAAGCGACAAGAAAGUCAAUAGUCGUUUAACAUCAAACGAAUUACAUAAACGAGUAUUCUAUGAAUAACCUCUUAAAAUGUUUUCAAUAAAAUAUAUGGUUUUAGAAUCGAUUCCAAAUAUAUUUACGCUACAGACAUUUGAUUUAAAACAUAAAAAUAGGGUAAUAUUAAAUAUAUAAUGAAAUGGAAAAAAACCAAAUUAUAAUUUCUUUAAUUUUUACGCUUUUUAAUACUAAGACUAAUAAUAUUUUCGAUAAUGUCGACUUAGAAAUUAAUUUUAAAACAAAUAUUUAAUAAAUGCAAUAUUAUUGGCAGCCUAUAAAAAGGUUUUUUUUUUAAAUAAUAAUUUCAAUAUAAACUUCACAAGACGUUCGCAUUUUGAUUUCUAAGUCUACAUUUCCGGAAUAAAGCAAAUCAUAUGUAAUGUAAUCUUGUCACGUGGUGCUUUACAAAUGAAAAUAAAUAUUACCAACUGAA